GUAUCGUUUCAUAAAAAGGUUCACAACUUUGCCUGAACUGCAGACUACAUUCCAUUAAGGAAUUUCUUUUCAUGUCAUUCGGCGUGGACCAAUUGUACUCAAUACUGAUUUCGUUCCCACUUCUCAUGGCCUCUCGAAAGACUCGAACUUUCAACAGACUAGAACACUCGGUAUCCAUUUUCUUCUCUAAUCAUACCAUCUAAUCGAACCAAGGCCCGAUCUAUCGCCAGGGUUAGGUUUUAACUAAAACUCAGACCCCAAAUCUGAGAAAGUUCCUUCUACCGCAGCCAUGUUCUGCUCAGCAACCCUAAGCCAAUCACAAACAUUUUUACAGCUCGCAAUCAGACGAAGCAAACCACUUCCCCGCACAUAAAGCCCGCGGUUCUUUGGCAGCGUCGAAGGAUAGCAAUAAAGCCUCUUGUUCCAUGUAAAAGAGCACGCUUCGCACCUCGGCCAAUUCACGGUUCGAUUCUCAAACGUGGUCCUUGCAAAUUUGUGAGACAUCGAAGGCUGCGAGCUCUGCCAGGAGCCCUAGCAAGCUUGUGUUGGCGUUGUGCAUACGGUAUUAUGGGGAGCCCUUUAAACACCAUUAGUAAUAGCAACAGAAAGGAUACGCCUGAGCAGCCCAUGGAGCCUGCCCAACACUUGGGGGAAUGCUCACAGGAUCAGCUUGCUCAACAUGAUUCGACCCCCGUGGAGACCAAAGGGGCCGAACCUCUUCCGGCAAUACCCUCGUCUAAUCCAAAUAUAGAGACCUACACCAUCCCGAGCUAUGCACGUUGGUUUUCCUGGAACAAGAUUCAUGAAACAGAGCGGAUUUCUCUUAAUGAGUUUUUUGAUGGUAGAUCAUCUUCCAAGACGCCAAAAAUUUACAAGGAGUACAGGGAUUUUAUGAUCAAUAAAUACAGGGAAGAUCCACUCAAAAGAGUGACCUUCACAGAAAUGCGAAAGAUGUUAGUUGGCGAUGUUACCUCCAUUCAUAAAGUUUUUGAUUUCUUGGAGACAUGGGGAUUGAUCAAUUUCCAAGCACCGUUGGAUUCCAAAUUACAGACAUCAACCAAAGUUUUUGCUCCAGUUGUUUUGGAUAAUGUUACUCCUAAUGGCAUCCGCGUAGUUUCACCUCCCAAAUCUGCGAAGCACACAAUGUUGCCAAAUAUGAAAGGUAAAAUAUUUGGUAGAAAAGUUAGUGUUGGAGAGGGAGCAGCUUUGGCAUCUUAUAGAGAUGUUUUCAAUAUCGACAAGGUAGCAGAAACUACUGGUAAAUCAGAAAUAAAAUCAGCAAGAAUAGAAAGAGAACCUACUACAAAACGUUUUUGCAAUAAUUGCAGGGCAGAUUGCACAGCUAGCUGCUUUAAUUGCCAGAAGCAGGCAGGUUUUGUUCUUUGCACAAAAUGUUUUGAGGAUGGGAAAUAUGGGCUUGGGUUGUGUGCUGCUGAUUUUAAACUGAAUAAUCUCCAUCAAGAAUCUAUUGAAGUAGGUUCUGAUGGUUGGACAGAUCAAGAGCUUUUGCUUCUCCUGGAAGGUACUUUGCUUUACAGUGACGAUUGGAAGUCUGUAGCUCAACAUGUACAUACCAAGAAUGAGAUCGAUUGCAUUAUGAAACUCAUACAACUUCCCUUUGGAGAACAGUUUAUGGUGAAUGUUGGAAUUGAAAGCAAUGAUAAUAGCAGAUCAAGUAAUUUAAGAAAUGAAAAAAAAGCAUCUGAUCAAGCAUUUAGUCUCAAAGACAGCACUUCCCAAAAUUACCAGGAAAACAAUUGUGAAGAAGGGACACACACUACUGAGGAUGAUGUUUCAGGUCCUCCUCUCAAACGUAGCUGUCUUUCUCCUAUCGCAGAUGUGGGCAACCCGAUAAUGGGACAGGUGUCCUUUUUAUCCACAAUGGUCGGCUCUCGUGUUGCAGUAGCUGCAGCAGAAGCUGCUAUUGCAGCUCUGUGUGAAGAGGAUCCUUCUGCAAGUCAGAUCAUACAUCCUCUGGAGAUUAAAUCAUUGAAUCAGAAAUCUGAGCCAUCAUUGAAUGGGCUUGAAUUAGAGAGCACAAGGAAGUCAUUUCAGCUGGAGUGCAACAAAGAACCAGAAGGUAGCUUAAAUGCCACUACUUCUGCAGGAAUUGGUGAAGAUUCAAAAGGAGAUUUUCACUUUAGCCAGAAAGGUUUGCCUGUUACACACUUGCAAAUGCGAGCUGCUAUUGCAACAGCUUUGGGAGCAGCAGGAGCACGUGCAAAACUUCUAGCAGAUCAAGAAGAGAGAGAUAUUGAACAUUUGAUGUCAAUUAUUAUUGAAAAUCAGUUGAAAAAAUUAUAUUUCAAGAUUGGGCAUUUCGAGGAGAUAGAAAACAUAAUGGAGAAAGAGUAUGCUCUAAUGGAACAGAUAAAGGAGCUUCUACUCACAGAGCGGAUACAUGUCAUACGGGAGUCAUUGAAUUCGAUUUUUAGGAGGUUGUAACAAGAUGAAACCUAGAUAAUCUAGGAAGUUUAGUAGACCUUGGUGUUUGUUCUCUCUGCACCUGAAAAAGUAAAGAUCUGAUAACCAAGGUAUAUUGCUUAAUAUUUUUGUACCACUAAUCUUUAAGUUGCUUUGAGGAGUAAUCGACAUUGUCUAUUUUUACGUUCACAUCCCAAAUCGUAUUUCUUCAAACCAUCUCCUUGCAGCUGCUUAUGUUGAAUAGAGGUAUCAAUUCAUACAACUUGCAUUUGCUUAUGUUUGUUAUUCAAGGCGUGAAAGUCCAUAGAAUUGCAUUGUACGGAUACCCAUAUUUUCCUUGAACUUCAUUAUGUAUAAAUUUAUUUAUGUCACAUAAUGAUAACUGCUGAGCAUAACUGUUGCACACAUUCCAUUUGCCAGUAUAUGUGGCAUUGUUUCUCCAUCCUCCAUUGACACUUAGCAGCCCAAGCACCAUUUCUUGAAAACUAAGCCAACUUGGCUCCAGCAAUGUCCAUGAAAUGACUUGCAAACCUUUUUGGCAACUCUCAUAAAUAAAGAAAAAGGCAAUCAUAUGAAGAGAGACCUUGAUGGGUGCCUAUGUGAGAAUUGGAUCCCUCACUGAAGUUGGUUGUUUAGGGCAGUAUUAAUGAUUGAAAAAUAACCGUGAAGGUCCUCUUUUUGUACUGUAUGGGAAAGAGGCUUUACAACUUAGUAACUAAGGUUCUAUUAUUGUAAAUUAAAUGAUCUUUUCGACGUUGGUUCAUCCAGUAAUGCUGGCCAAGGCGAUGGUGUUCAACUUAAUGAGGCAAAACUCUGAUUUUACCAUUGGCUUUAACAUAUAUCUUUAUGCCAAAGGCGUUUUCUUAUUUGAAGUGGAUGAGAUGAUUUUGCAGAUCGAUCGUUCAUAGCAGUAGAGACGAUCAAAUGAUUUUCACUGUUGGAUUUCGCUGUCUUUAAUUAAGGAAUCUGCCGCUCGUGGAGUUCAGCCUAUUUCCGAAUGCCAGGCAAAGUCCAGCCAAGAUAAAAAAAUAUAUUUUAGAUACAUGGUUCAGCGACUACAAAUAUUCAGCAUUAAACUUGUCGGCAAGUGGGUUUACCUAUUUCGAAGACAGUUUACAAGGUUCAAUAUCUAAAAAACUAUUAACUAGCACUUGCAGCCAUAGGAGGUGCAAGGGAUAUGCUGAUAGGGAUUGAUGGGAAAACAUAAAUGAAUUAUGACAUUAGUUGAGGAAGUGUAAGCAAGUAUAGAUCUAUAAACAUGUAUCAUUGUAUAAUAUAAUUUCGUUGAAAUUCAUCAUUGCUUUGAAUAUUUAAUCAAUAUUAUGUGUCUUUUUUCUGCUU